UGCAUAGCGUCACAAAUUUACAUCGGCCCCCCCUCAACUUCUGCGGUGGAACUUCCCCAGGCUUCAAGCAGAAGAAGGGAGAGAAAUAACGUAGUUAGCGUUAUAUUCUUUAACGUUGGCGUAACAACACAAUAAUACAUCCAAGUUUGUAAUUACAAACAUAUGUUGUACGUUUAAGUACUAGUCUAACUAAGGUAAUACCUCAUUACUCUACAAAAUGGAUUCAAAGUCAAGCAAUCGGACGGACGAAGGGGAGCUGGAAGACGGGGAGAUCUGCGAUGAUGACACCGACGAAAAGGUGCUUAUACAGCAGGAUACAAUGAGGCCUAGUAGUACGAACAACAACUCAUCACGAAAUUCACGGAAAUCGAAACCAUCGGCGCGAAGUUUACCACCUCUUAUGGGUAGCCAGCCUACAGAUUUUCGACUCUUAAUGCCAUACAACCGCGGACCUCAUUCGCACAGUCCCUUCCCCCCGAACCACAGACCGCAAAGCGGACCCGAUCGGCCGCCGCCACUGGGGCCUCAUUGUGACCAGAGCCCACGUUCCAGCUUCUGGGAACGAAGUCACACAGCCCUGGGUCGAUUUAGGCACCGGUGGAAACCAGAAGAUGACGGUCGUGGGGAUUGGGGACGUGGAGGCUGGGGAGACGGAUGUGGUGGAGGGAGAGAGACUGGUUGGGUUCCCCCCGGCCGUUAUGGGCCCGGAGAGAAUCACAGUAACAAGAAAGAAUCUCCCUCGAGAAACAAACAGAAGGUAUUAAUGGGGAGGAAUCAGGUAAGAAACAAGCAGAUGAUGCACCACAAUGCUGCCAAAACCGAGAAUGGUGUCAACGAGAGCUUUGAGGAUCUGCUCACCAAGUACAAACAGAUUCAGCUGGAGCUGGAAUGUAUUAGAAAAGAAGAGAACAUGGUUCUGAAGGCCGAAGAAGACCUGUCGGCUCUGAACGAGCCUGAGCUUUCUGCCAGUAAUCCCCAGACCGAGCCGUUACCCGACACUAACAGUAUUCCCAAUGACAGCGCUGCGGAGGAGAAGAAGGUAUUUCAGGCGUUCAACCUCAAACCUCUACGACAGAAACUUCUCACUCCAGCAGAAAUUGAUGCGCUCAAAACGAAAACGGAAAAGAAAGAUCCGGAGAAAGAGGACGGUGACACGGAGAGCGAAAGAGGUCCAGUUGAACCAGUUGCUACCCCGAUUGCUAUUCCCAAAGGAGAAGAGGAGAAAGAUGGGUUGAAGAAAGAGGCGAACAAGGCAGGGGAGAAGGACACGACAGCCUGUGUGUGCUGCCGCAGCAAAUCUGAGGGCCCGGAGGAAGAGGGGGAGACGAAGUAUUCGAAAGUCGGUUGUGUGUGCUGCAGCGAAUCAUCAGAGGACUCCACUCCAUCCCCUGUCAAGCCUAAAGUGAAGGGGAGCAAUGAAGACGAGGAGCUGUCUGAGCUGCAGCUGCGUCUCUUGGCCUUGCAGUCAGCCAGCAGGAAGUGGCACCAGAAAGAACAGCAGGUAAUGAAUGCGAGCAAGGAGAAGAUCACCAACGCAAAGCCUUCCCAGGAGAAGAUCACCAAUGCCAAGCCUUCCCAGGAGAAGAUCACCAACUCCAAGCCUUCCCAGGAGAAGAUCACCAACGCCAAGCCUUCCCAGGAGAAGAUCACCAACUCCAAGCCUUCCCAGGAGAAGACAUCCAGCUCUACAUCCAGUGCAUCCAACCCAGCUGAAAGAGGCAGAGUCACCACCAGGUCUGCCUCGUCUGCUGCCUCGGAGAAGGCCAAAGCUCUGGCCAACAAGCCCCAGGAGAAGGCCAAGGCUGGGGCUAAGCCUCCAGUGGAGAAGAGCAAAGCGCCGGUCAAGGGCUAUCCAGGGAGGAAGAUGGUCAGCCCAGGCUCGGUGGCCAAGCAGGCGUUCCGGAAGCAGCAGUUGAGGACCUGGAAGCUCCAACAGCAGAGAGACCAGGACGAGCUGCGGAGACAGGAAGAGGAGGAACGCCGCAGGAGAGAGGAAGAGAUCCGCAAGAUCCGGGAUCUGUCCAAUCAGGACGAGCAGUACAACCGCUUCAUGAAGCUGGUCGGGGGCUCCAAGCCGCCACUGGCGCGCAAUCCGAGCAAGUCCAGAGACAGCGACCACACUAGGAAGUCUUCUGGAAAACAGGGAUUGGACACCUCAGGGAACCUUUACCAGUAUGACAACUACGACGAGGUUGCCAUGGAUACUGACAGUGAGACCAAUUCUCCGGCAUCUUCUCCAGUACAUGAUCCAUUCGAGGUCCAAGGAUGUUUCACUCACAUGCACAUGCCUUUCCCCAUGGACUCCCCUCAAUACAGAAUUGAUUUGGGUCAGCCGCGUUACCUGUCCGUCAUUCCGUCCGCGCCCCCUCCACCCUUACCCCCAAUGCCCCCACCCCCGGAUGAGCUAGAGCCGCCCCCCAAGCCGCCGUUCGCUGACGAGGAAGAGGAGGAGGAGAUGCUGCUCAGAGAGACCUGCCUCAUGUCCAUGGCCAACAAGAAGGAGAUUACCCUUGACAGCGGCCCCCCCUCUCCCUCCCCCCUGGUCAGUCUGGUUCAGCCGGUGCCCAUGAGCAACCGGAGUGUGGUCAGCCUCAACACAGCACCCCAACCACGAAACAAGAAGUUCAGCCGUGGGCAUCACCACCCCAGGCUCCCACUGGUGCUCCCGCGGCACAAGGCGGUGGUAGUCCAGCUCAACGGUUCAGACGACAGUGACUCGGACAUUGAGACCUGCGGCAGCUCUACACGGACACAGUUUGUCUUUGGAGGCCUGGAGUUCAUGAUUAAGGAGGCCCGCAGGUCUGCAGAGGCAGCAAAAGCCAAACCGACGUCAGGAUCUGAGGAGAACGAACCAGUCAGAACUCCGGAGGCUCUAUCCGAUGCCAAGAAGGCUGAGUAUCGUCUGCUGAAAGGAGAAAUAGCCAGUAGGGAGAAACAGAAGGUUCUGAUGGACCACAGUCCCCGAGCUGUGUCCUCUCCUGCAGGCUCUGAUCCCGAUGUGGACUUUGCUGCCAAGGCAGCGGCCAAGCUACAGCUGACCGAGGCAGAGACCAACCUGACCAAACACAGAAACCUGCUCCUGAAGGACGACGGCAUCCUGAGGCAGCUCUUGCAGCAGGAGCAGAAGAAGAAGGAGGCGUUGAAGGCAGCUGAGGCCAAGGUGGCCAAGCUCAAAGAACAGCUCCUGGCCUCGGAGAAGAUCGUCAGCGCCAACAAGACCCUCCUCAACAGGCUCCAGGAGCAGGUUCAUCGUGUUCAGCUCCGCGUGUCAGUGAAGAAGAACCACAGCUUGAAGCUGCAGAAAGAGAUGGUCCAAGCCCAGGCCGCCGCAGGCAGAGAGCCAGGGGUUCAGAAACGACGCACGGACAUCAGCCACCCCUCGCCUGCGAAGCGUCUGCGGGUGGAAGUCUCUGUCGCCACCCGCGGAACUGAGCGCCACUUCGCCGACCUCCUGGCCCAGAAGCAGCGUCUGCAGCUGCUCGAGUCGGAGUACGCCCUAAAGAUCCAGAAGCUGAAGGAGGCCCAGGCCCUCCACAACCGAGGAGCCGUCCCCGAACCCCCGCCACCCCAGGCCACCUCCACCCCAAUCCCCAGGGCUCGCCAGCCCAGUGCCCCUCCCACCAGCCCCUUCCCUUUGCCCCAGCCAUCCCUACAUGACCUCACCCAGGAUAAACUCGCCCUGGUCAGCAGUGAGGAUAUCACUGAGACUGAAGACGGCGACAUGGAACCCGCCACUGCAGCAGUGCCCUCCGCCUCCACCCAGAGUGUUCGCAGGCGCUCUUUCAGAGAGACGGGCGCCUUCACCAAGCCUAAACUGGAGCCCGGUGGGACUGGACUGGUCAAGGAUUGUCCAGCCAAGUCAGCCAAGGUGAAGGCCCCUGGGCCUGGGGAGCUGUUUUUAGGGCUGGAGGUGGAGGCCCUGCAGACGAUGGACAAGCAGCAGGCCAACCUAGGAGAGCUGCUGCUCGGGGAACUACGGGCGCUAGGUGGCACUGUGGAGAAACCUCCAGCUGGGAAGGUGAUAGAGGUGGAUGUAGACAUAAUGGCUGCCCAGUCAAGCCGUGCUGAGCUGAAGCCUGUCCCGUUCGGACAAUAUCGCAGCCCUCUCCUGGUCUUCAAGUCUUACAGGUUCAGUCCGUACUUUCGGACCAAGGAGAAGUUAUCACUCAGCUCUGUGUCUUACAGCAACGUUGUGGUGCCCAAAAAGUGUUUCUGCCGCUUCGACCUCACAGGCACAUGCAAUGACGAUGACUGCAAGUGGCAGCAUAUGAGAAAUUGCACUUUCGGUGGAAACCAGCUUUUCCAUGAUAUCCUGUCGUACAACCUGGCGUUGAUUGGCUGCUCGGAGAGCAGUACUACUGAUGACAUCAGUGUUGCCACAGAAAAGUAUUUAAAAAAGCUCUUUGGGACAAACAAGGAUCGCAUGGGAAUGGACCAGAAGGCUGUCCUACUGUUGAGCAAAGUGAAUGAAAGCAAAAGACAUGUCCCUCCCUUCACCACGUGUAAGGAUCUCCGGAGGUGGAGGCCUCAGCCCGCUCGCCAGGCCAGCCCAAGCGCUGGGGACGACAGCGGGGACGAGUGUGCAGACGCCAACCCUGGUCCGGUCAAAUACGACGGUUUUUCCAAGAGGAGUUUGUCUGCUGCCAUGGAUGUGUGUGUGACCCCAGACGACAAGCGUUACUUCAUUAGUGAGACUGACGACAUAUCUAACCUGGAGACCAGUGUCCUGGAGAGCCCCCGCGACGCACAGCUGUGGAUCAAACUGGCCUUCAAAUACCUCAGCCAGAAAGAGACCUCCGUGGCGGAGUGCCUGGAUGCUGCGUUGAACACGCUGUCUCGUGCCCUGGAGGACAACCGGGACAACCCCGAGAUUUGGUGCCACUACCUGUCUCUGUUCUCCCGCCGUGGGAAGAGGGACGAGGUGCAGGAGAUGUGUGAGAUGGCUGUUGAGCACGCCCCCGACUACCAAGUCUGGUGGAGUUACCUAACCAUGGAGAGCUCGUUUGAGGGGAAGGACUAUGUGUGUGGUCGUCUGCUGCAGUACCUACUAGACUGUUCUUGGACUAGUGGUUUCUCCGAGAGGCUCUCCUUCCAGUUGCUGGAGUCUCUACUCUACAGGGUCCAACUCAGCGUGUUCACCGGCCGGCUACAGAAUGCCCUGGCCAUCCUACAGAAUGCCUUGAAGUCGGUCACUGAGCAGUGCAUUGCUGACCACCUGACCGCGAGUGACCGCUGCCUAGUCUGGCUGUCCUUCAUCCACCUGACAGAGUUUGACCGCCUGCCGGCCAGCUUGUAUGACCCGGCCAACUCCAACCCUUCCCGGGUGGUAAGCACAGAGUCCUUCGCCCUCCCCUGGAGAAAGCCGCUCGACGUCCGCACCGAGCCUGACACACUUAUCGCUGUGUUCGAAGAUGCAGUACGUCAGUGCACAGACCAGACUCUGCCUCCCAGUGAGAGAACUCUGGUCUGUCUGCCACUAUACACAAAUCUCAUCGCCUGCUACAGCCUGCUGGGAAAGUACGAUGCGGGCCUGGAGCUGUGUGAGUCCCUGUUGGCGCUGUGCCCACAGUCAUGUGUCCUGUUAGAUGCACUGUCAGGGCUCUACGUGGGGAAGGGGGACUGUGAGCAGGGUGUCUGCGUGUGGCUACGGGCUCUGUCCCAGUGUCCACACAAUGCAGAGGUCUUCUACCACACCUGCAAGUUCUUUAUGGCACAGGAGAAGUCAAGUUGCAUCACUCCUCUGUUCCGGGAGUUUGUCCUGUCUUUCUGUGAUGGGGAGAGAAGUGAACAGAAACCUGUGGAUGUGCUACGGUCCAUCCUUGGUAUUCCAACAGAGGACAUCCUAAGAGGCCCAGUUAUCAAAAAGCAACUUCAAGAGCAGCUUAGUCACCAAAAGCCUUACCUGAACCUCGUCCACUGUCUGUGGCAGUGGGUGCACGGUAGUGUUGGGGAGGCGAUGGAUGCUUUCGAGAGAGCCCUGGGAGCCGUAAUGCAGCUAAAUGUCCUUCAAAAGCUAUGGAUGGAUUAUCUCCUUUUUACCAGCAGUAAGCUAGCUGGGAGCCCCUCCAACGGCAGAGAGCUCCGGAUGUUAUCAGACCUGGUCCAGCGUUGCCUAGUAACUGUCCCUUCCAGGCUGGAGGUUCCGUUCAGCUCGGCCCAGUACUGGAGCUGCUUCAGAUUUCACAACAAGGUUAUGUUCCACUACCUGUGCUGUCUGCCCCAGUCCCAGCACCCCCAUAUCCUGGAGAGACUAAAGUACACCAUGCCCACCAACGCUGAACUGGCCCUGAGGUUGCUGUAUCAAGAGUGGCAGGACGGAAAUAUAGAACAUCUGAAAUUCCAGGCCAGAAUGUUGAGCAGUAGCAUUCCAAACUAUCUGGCCAACUGGAAAAUAGCGAUCGCUGUGGAGAGGGAACUCAAGGAGCGCUCCGAGGUCCGGCUUCUUUAUCAGCAAGCCCUGCAAAAGCUUCCACUGUGUGCCACCCUAUGGAAAGAUCGCCUGCUGUUUGAAGCUGCGGAGGGAGGUAAAACUGAUAAACUGAGGAAACUUGUUGACAAAUGUCAAGAGGUGGGAGUGAGUCUAAGUGAGCCCCUAAAUUUAGUCUGGAGCAAAAUGGAGAGAGAGGAUCACUGAGGAUAACCACCCCCACCCCCUCAAAAAAAAAUAAAAAAAUAAAAAACAUUACAUCUAAGUCCAAUCAGACCAGACCACUGCCUAGGUUAGCCAGAGAGAGGGGGGCAGACUCUAGAGGCAGACGCUCCCGCAGUAGGACUGUCUCCAGCCGGGAGACGUCUGUGGGCAGGACGGUUGCUCGCUCAUCACCGAAGCCAAUGAAUGAACUCCCUCCCUGUCCAAACUCUGGGCCACGCACUCAGGGUUAUAUCACCUUACAUCAUGUACGUAAGUAUAGACCUGCUAAUUAAGUGACACGUCUUUUGUUUUUCCCUUUUUAAUUUACAUGUUCCUUUUUUUCUCAUGUCACUUAAUUUUAUUUUUGACCUUUUACCUUUACGUACUGGGUUGAAGACUUUUGACUGACUAUGGCAUCCUAACUGGGAUGUUGAUGUGCGUCUGUCUUGAGUGUUUUUAAAGGAGGUUUUCCCCAAAUAGUGACGCUCGCUGCUGCCUUCUACAGUAUGUAACUUUUUGUUCCAGUGUCUCCCAAGGGAAGAGAUCAAAUUACCUGUUUAUUUCGCUAUUUGUUUUAAGAAGUGAUUAAAAAAAACACAUUAACAAUCGCAUGAAAAUUAAAGGGCUGGCCAUGGUGACGUCAAAAUGGCUGCCUGCAAAAGUAUUUAUUUGGCCCCUCAUCAUUGUCCCAUGUAUUUUUGAGACUGCUGAAUGCUGUGAUAUCCUCUCUGCCAGACAGUCGAUCAGCGGGGAAGACCCUUUAAACACAUCACCAGGCGAGGAUAGUCAAACAUCUAGUUUAAAUGUUCUCAUGUGCAAUUUUGUUUUUGUCAAAAAUAUAUUACAAUGAUUAGACUAUUUGAGAGGAGCCAAGGAUGAGUGUUUCAACAGUUUUUGUAUGUUGAAUUUGAAUGUUUAUAUUAAAUUAUUAUCUAAUGAAA